GCCAAUCUUUUUUUUUUUCUUUCUCUUUCCUCUCUCCUCUCAAAGGAGUAAUCUCAUGCACGACUUAUCAAAGCCCCGGCGGUUUAAUUGGAGCUUGGGCUUGCCUGGUAGUAAUUACGCUUACAAUUUCUACCGCUCGCUCCAAAUCUGAAGAACGCCUUCUUCAUUGGAAUUCCACAGACAGGAAGUUCGACGACGGCCACAGUCAUCGGUCAAGGCCCAAGGUCCAAGGUCCAAUGCCCAGCGUCCAAUAUCCAACAUCCAGCAUCCAAUACCCAAGACCCAAUACACAAUAUCCAACACCCACCACCCAACAUCCAAAGCCAUCCGAACAAUUCCAAGUGCAGAGUAGUAACCACCUACCGGAUGAAAAUGCGGGGCAAGGGUUUCGGUGGAUCCAUGGGAUUUGGCCUUUGAAUUCAUUCUUGGCUGCAUGAAAAUUGCAUCUGGGUUUAACCCUCAACGGAUGGUUGCAUGCCAUACUACAUUGAAUGGGGGUGGGAGAGUUCAUCUUACCACCGAUUUUGAAGAUGAUCUUUGUAUGUAACGUAUGAUAUUGGUGGUGGAAAGGGAGGAUGGGAGGGAGAAAGAAGAAUGGAUGGUAUGGAUGGUAUAGAUGGUACGGAUGGUAUGGAUGGGAUGACUUUGGGAUGGGUUUCAGAUAGGACGAGAGACGUUCAUUUGAUCUUUUGGAUUGGGUAUCAGGAUUAGUAUCAUUAGGAGUAUCAGUGCAUACAUAUCAGUACAUACAUAUCAGUAUCAUAUCAACAUCAGUAUCAGUAUCAUUUCAACAUCACCACCCACCAACAUCCCUCAAGUCCCAAGUCCCAACACCUCCACACCACAAUAGUGGAGAACACGGUACAAAAUCUCAAGUAAUCGAAUCAGCAUCACGAUACCAAAACCCAACUGAUUGGAAUUUGGAAACACCGAUAAUCUUCCCCCCCAAGGUUACGGUGCGAGUGGUUAUCUCGAGAUUCCCCAAAAGAUCAACUAAUAGAUACGUCUCAUCGUUCAUCGUUCAUCGUUCAUCAUUCAUCGUUCUAUCCACUCCCCUCUAAAAUUCUCCGAGAAAAGAAAGAGACCAUCAUAUCAUACCAAUUGAUGGGAAUUGUCCUGACCUGACCUGUCCUGACCUGA